AUGGGCACCGGGGAUUUUAUCUGCAUUUCCAUGACUGGCGGGGCGCCCUGGGGGUUCCGACUGCAAGGUGGCAAAGAGCAGAAGCAGCCCUUGCAAGUGGCAAAGAUUCGAAACCAGAGCAAAGCCUCCGGGUCCGGGCUCUGUGAGGGGGAUGAAGUGGUUUCUAUCAAUGGCAACCCUUGUGCAGACCUCACAUACCCCGAAGUCAUCAAGCUCAUGGAAAGCAUAACAGACUCUCUCCAAAUGCUCAUCAAAAGACCAUCCAGUGGAACAAGUGAGGCUUUGAUCUCUGAAACUGAAAACAAAAACCAUGAGCAUCUCACACAGGAGGGGUCUGCAGAAAGUACCACUCUGCAGAUUCGACCAAGCACAAAGACCCAGUACAGAGAGUUCUUCAUCGCCCCAGUCAAGAGUGGAGUUUCCCUAGCUGAGGACCAAAGAAGUGGUCCUGGUUGUAAAGAGAACUUAAAAGAAGAAACAGGCCUGAGCUACCAAAGGGCUCCUCAAAUGCCUGACUCCCAAAGCGGACUCUUGGCAGAAGAAGUUAUCUUAAGGGAGAAGGCAGAAGUGGGGCGGCCAGGCACGGUGGUUGAACUACAACUGUCCCUUUCACAGGAGAGACACAAGGACACUAGUGGCCCCACAGUGGCUCUCCUGGGAGCUGAAAAAUCUAAGUCUCCUGACCCAGACCCUAACUUACAACAGGACGAGAUUGUCCACAUAAAUUCAGGCCCUGCCAGUGAGAAAGCAGACCCUUCGCUGAGGUCCAGCAGGAUAAUCCAGCUCUCCAGGGGCAGAGAGUUGAGAGUGGUCCAGGGGAGUGAAGCAGGAGACGCGAGGCUGCCCCGGGUGGAAGUGAUCGUCGACUGCUCUGACAGGCAGAAGACAGAAGGGUGCAGGCUUCAGGCAGGAAAGGGGUGUGUGGAUUCUCCAGGGGAAGGAGGGCAGUCAGAAGCACCUCCUUCUCUGGUAUCCUUUGCCGUCUCAUCAGAAGGCACAGAGCAGGGGGAAGAUCCACGCUCAGAAAAGGACCACAGCAGACCUCACAAGCACCGAGCGCGGCACGCACGGCUCAGGAGGAGUGAAAGCUUGUCGGAAAAGCAAGUGAAAGAAGCAAAAUCCAAAUGCAAAAGCAUCGCCCUCCUGCUCACGGACGCCCCCGAGCCCAGCUCCAAGGGGGUGUUGAUGUUUAGGCGGCGCCGGCGCCGGGCGCGGAGGUACACGUUGGUGAGCUACGGCACCGGCCGGCCGACACGCGGAGACGCGGAGGAGGACGGGGACGAGGACGGCGCGUGCGCAGCGGAACUUCCGGGCUCCAGCGAGUCGGAGGCGGACGAGGGCGAGGAGCUGCCGUCCGACGUCGACGGCGGCGCGCCAGUUGUGAACUUCGACUGGGACUCGGGGCUGGCGGGCGUGGAAAGGAAACUCAGCAGCGGGGACAAGAUGGAGAUGUUGCCGGACACCACGGGCAAGGGAGCCCUCAUGUUCGCCCGGAGGAGGGAGAGAAUGGAUCAGAUCGCGGCGCUGAGGGACGAGGACGGGCCGCGGGCGGCGCCGGGCCCGGGAGCCCCGACUCCUCACGGGACGGACGCGGGCCCGGCGGGGGCGCGGGGCUCCGUGAGCAGAAGCUACCUCGAGCUGGGCCGCGGCCCCGGUGCCGGCGGGGCCCCCGAGACGGCGCACGCGCAGAGGGCGACCCCGACCAACAGGACGGCGCAGCCCUUCCCGGGGCCCGCCCUGCAGCCGGCAGCCCCCUUCUCCCCGACGCGAAGCGUGACGAGCCCCGUCGCCGACUUCCCUGCGCCGCCGCCUUACUCGGCGGUUGCCCCUCUGCCCGAUGCCCUCGCCUUAGCGGGCUCGAGCCCGGCACAGCCCCCUCCGUGGCCCCAGCCAGCCCCUUGGGCCCAGCCCGCCUUCUACGACUCUUCUGAGCGCAUCGCCUCCCGGGACGAGCGGAUCUCCGUGCCUGCAAAGAGAACAGGCAUCCUGCAGGAGGCCAAGAGGAGAAGCACCACGAAACCCAUGUUUACUUUUAAAGAGCCCAAAGUCAGCCCAAAUCCUGAACUCUUGUCACUCCUUCAAAAUUCAGAAGGCAAACGGGGCACUGGAGCUGGGGGUGAUUCCGGGCCGGAAGAAGACUACCUCAGCCUGGGGGCAGAGGCCUGUAAUUUCAUGCAGGGCGCCUCUGCUAAGCAAAAGACCCCACCUCCUGUUGCUCCCAAACCUGCAGUCAAGUCCUCGUCCUCCCAGCCAGUAACUCCAGUGUCCCCAAUCUGGUCUCCAGGAGUGGCUCCAGCGCAGCCUCCUGCCUUCCCCACGUCAAACCCGUCGCAGGGCACUGUUGUCUCCUCGAUCAAAAUAGCCCAGCCUUCCUACCCUGCCGCCCGGUCCGCCAGCUCUUUGAACCUGGCUGGUCCCUUCAAAGGGCCACAAGCAGCAGUAGCCAGUAAGAAUUACACAUCUAAGCCACCAGCUCUUACCCCGACAGUCAACGCUGCUUGUGCUGGUGCACUGGGACCAUCCAAUGAGCUUCCGGGAAUGAGUGGGAAAGGAGCCCAACUCUUCGCCAAAAGGCAGUCGAGAAUGGAGAAGUAUGUGGUCGAUUCAGACACGGUGCAGGCCCACGCUGCUCGAGCCCAAUCUCCCACUCCCUCUCUGCCGGCCAGUUGGAAGUACUCGCCCAAUGUCCGAGCACCUCCUCCCAUGGCCUACAAUCCCAUCCACUCCCCCUCCUACCCUCCGGCUGCUGUCAAGUCUCAGCCGUCAGCCGCACAGCCCUCCAAAAUGGGCAAGAAAAAGGGCAAGAAGCCCCUUAAUGCUCUGGAUGUCAUGAAGCACCAACCAUACCAGCUCAAUGCAUCCUUGUUUACUUUCCAACCUCCAGGCACAAAGGAUGGCCUCCCCCAAAAGUCACCAACCAAGGUCAAUUCAGCCCUGGCCAUGAAGCAAGCUCUUCCCCCGCGGCCAGUGAAUGCUGGCUCACCCCCCAACGUGCAGGCUUCGUCGGUGUACUCGGUACCGGCCUACACCUCUCAGCCUGCCUUCCUUGCAGAGGCCACCUCGCCGGUCAGUGCCUCCCCAGUGCCUGUGGGCGUCCCCACCUCUCCAAAGCAAGAAUCAGCCUCCUCAUCUUAUUUUGUGGCACCAAGGCCAAAGUUCUCAGCCAAGAAAAGUGGUGUCACAAUUCAGGAAAGUGGGCGCUCCCUUUCUCUUCCUGGACGGUCGGUCCCACCCACCAUUGCUACAUCUCCUUGGGUACACCAGCCUGCCUGUGCCCACUCUAGCAAACCAACCGUUGGGCUAGAGAGAGCGAACAAGAGACCAACUCCUUGGGAAGCAGCAGCAAAGUCUCCUCUUGGUCUAGUGGACGAUGCCUUUGGACCCAGAACCAUGCAGGAAUCCAUCGUGGCAAAUGUGGUCUCCGCGGCUCGAAGGAAGGUGCUCCCAGGGCCCCCAGAGGAUUGGAACGAGAAAUUGUCCCAUGUUCCUCAAACCCAGAAGGCCAAUGUGGGCUCUUGUGGAAGGCAAGAGUGCAGUGUCAUGUCCCUAGCCAAUAACAUGUCCACCAACCCCCAAUACAGUUCAGAGGUGUCGUACGCGUGUUACAGGCAGGCCUCCAGAAAUGAUUCUGAAGUGAUGUCCAUGGAGACCAGGUCUGAUUACUCUUUUCCCGUAGCUGAUUACAACUACAACCCACACCCACGGGGAUGGAGACGCCAGACAUGAGA